CGGUCUCUGCGGCACGCGCUCUGCCCGGGCUUCAAAAAAUAGGCGCGCUUUGGUGCCUUGCAAUUAAAGAAGAAAAUGAGAAGAUUUCUGAGGCCAGGACAUGAUACCGUAAGGGAGAGGCUCAAGCGUGAUCUUUUCCAGUUUAACAAGACAGUUGAACAUGGUUUUCCUCACCAGCCAAGUGCUCUGGGCUACAGUUCUUUUCUUCACCUUAUGGCUAUUGGGACCCGGGCAGGAGCCAUCAAAAUUUAUGGUACUCCAGGAGUGGAAUUCAUGGGCUUGCAUGAAGAGACCAACACUGUCAUGCAGAUACAUUUCAUUCCUGAACAGUGCCGCUUGGUGACCCUAUUGGAUGAUAACAGCCUGCAUUUAUGGACCCUGAAACACUCACAUCAUGGUACAUCAGAGCUUCAGGAAGAAAGACACUUCACACUCCGUGGCCCCCCUGGUUCCCCUCCAAGUGCUACCCAAAUUACAGCAAUCCUGACACAUUCUUCUCAAGAACUUCUGUAUCUUGGUACUGAAAGUGGUAAUGUGUUUGUGGUAGAACUCCCAUCCUUCAGGGUGCUAGAAGACCAGCUCAUCAGUCUAGAAGAAGUAUUGCAAAGAGUGCCAGAAGAUUAUCGGAGCAGGAGGUCACUGGAAUUGGUAGAAGUGUUACGGGAACAUCCUCGGAAUCCCAAACAGAUUUUGAUUGGUUACAGCAGGGGCCUCAUUGUUCUCUGGGAUUUGAUAAAUAAGAAAGCAACACAUCAUUUACUUGGCAAUCAGCAACUAGAGAAUCUCUUCUGGAUGAGGGAUGGUCACCAUAUCAUCAGUUGCCAUUAUGAUGGGAGCUAUACACAGUGGCCAAUUUCAAGCGAUGACAGGCAGCCUGAGCCUUUGGAAAGCAAAGUACAUUACGGUCCCUUCCCUUGCAAGGCUAUCUCUAAAAUUUACUGGCUAACAACAAAGAAUGGGCUCCCUUACCUCAUAUUCCAAGGAGGGAUGCCUCGAGCCAGCUUUGGUGACCGACAUAGCAUUACAGUUUCUCAUGGCGGUCGGCAGAUUGCCUUUGACUUCACAUCACGGGUUAUAGACUUCUUUGUCAUUGCCAAUGCUGAACCAUUUGCAGAGUUUGAUGACCCUUCCGCCAUGGUGGUAUUGGCAGAAGAAGAACUAAUAGUAAUAGACCUGAAGUCUCAUGGCUGGCCAUCUGUCCAACCCCCAUAUCUUGCGUCUCUCCACUGCUCAGCCAUCACAUGUUCUCACCAUGUCUCCAACAUUCCUCUGAAAUUGUGGGAAAGGAUCAUCAAUGUUGGGAGCAAGCAGAAUGCUCAGUUUUCUAAUAUGCCCUGGCCAAUUAAUGGGGGUAUCAGCAAAGCUCCAGAUCCUCCCCAGCGGGAUUUACUGCUUACAGGGCACGAGGAUGGCACAGUGCGCUUCUGGAAUGCAUCUGGUGUGUGUCUAAGCCUCCUAUAUAAACUAAGCACAGUGAAGGUGUUUCUCACUGAUGCAGAUCUCAAUGACAAUAUGCAGCUGGGAGAGGAUGAAUGGCCUCCACUGCGCAAGGUUGGCUCCUUUGACCCUUACAGCGAUGACCCCAGACUUGGAAUCCAGAAGAUCUUCUUAUGCAAAUACAGUGGAUAUUUAGCUGUAGCAGGGACAGCAGGACAGGUCCUUGUCAUGGAACUGAAUGAUGAAGAAGCAGAACAGGGGAUUGAACACGCAGAAGCAGACUUUCUCCAGGACCAAGAAGGCUACAAGUGGAAGGGCCAUGAACGUCUGAAAACCAGGGAUGGGCCUGUCCAAUUUGAGCCUGGCUUUCAGCCCUUUGUCUUGGUCCAAUGUCAGCCUCCGGCAGUGGUCACAUCACUGGCCCUUCAUUCAGAAUGGAAACUUGUGGCCUUUGGUACAAGCCAUGGAUUUGGACUGUUUGAUCAUCAACAGAAGCGGCUGGUUUUUGUGAAGUGCACCCUCCAUCCUAGUGAUCACCUGGCCUUGGAAGGCCCACUUUCCAGGGUGAAGUCCUUAAAGAAGUCUCUCCGUCAGUCUUUUCGUAGGAUACGAAGGAGCAGAGUCUCAAAUCAGAAGCGGCAAACUGCCCAGGAGGGAAUUUCCAGGCAUCAUCGUGAUGCAUUACAAGAAAUUGAAUUAGCUCCAGUCCAACGAAAGAUUGAAGCACGAUCAGCAGAGGACUCUUUCACGGGCUUUGUGCGCACCUUAUAUUUUGCUGACACCUUCCUAAGAGACAGUUCUCGGCACAGCCCUUCUUUGUGGGCAGGUACUAAUGGGGGCACAGUAUAUGCCUUCUGCUUGCGCAUUCCUCCAGCAGAGAGAAGAAUGGAUGAGCCUGUGAGAGCAGAGCAGG